GCUGACGUAACGGCACAGGCGCACUUUGUCGGUGACGCCGAGGCGCCGCUGGGUCUGCUGGUGGAGCAUUCUUGAGGUCAUCUGCACCUAGCUGGGAAAAGAUGGUCAACGUCUUGAAAGGAGUGCUUAUAGAAUGCGAUCCUGCCAUGAAGCAAUUUCUCUUGUAUUUGGAUGAGUCCAAUGCCUUAGGGAAGAGGUUCAUCAUUCAAGACAUUGACGACACGCAUGUCUUUGUAAUAGCAGAGUUGGUUAAUGUCCUUCAGGAGCGAGUAGGUGAAUUAAUGGACCAAAAUGCCUUUUCUCUUACCCAGAAGUGAAAAUGCUGCAUGUUGACCAACUUAGGAAUUAUAAGCAACAAAUAUGAAAGAUGGCUCCCUUCAUUCAUUAUCUUAUGUGACUGAUUAGACUUAGAAGAUUGUUUAGGAGCAUGUUGUGGGAAAGAACAUAGGAUUAUUUGUUCAGACAAAAGCCCCUGAACUGAUUUUGUUGUACCUUAGAAUUUAAAAAAAAAAGAGAGAGCACAAGCAUGCCCGCUUUAACAAAUGGCUGUAAUUUGGCUUUUAUUGCUCUUUAUUAAAAUGUUUCUUUUUCAAUAUCAAUUUAAUGCAUUAAGAAUGUAAUGGAGUAUGCCUUUAGAUUAUCAGUAUAACCUAGAUAACUUACUUUGCUUGUUUCUGUUAAUAAUUGUGGAUUUUUUUAGUAUACAUGUAGUUGGUUUUGUUUCAAUUAGAAGCUUCACAGAUUUACUGCUUAAAUAUGCCAAGGUGAAAACUUUGGCAAUACUUAUAUCUCAAAAAUAAUAAAACCUACUAGCCAGCUCUAGUGGGAACAUGUAAUAUUACUAUAAAUUACAGUUUGCAUUUCCCUGAAAGUAAUUUUUUUUUAAUGUAGAGAAUUAGAAACAACCAAAUGCUUUUCCUUGUUCAAACUUUGUUGGUCACAUUUCUCUGUCAAAGUGAGUGUUCUGCCAGGUGCUGGUGGCUCACGCUUGUAAUCUUAGCUACUCAGGCAUCAGAGAUCAGGAGGAUCAUGGUUUGAAGCCAGCUGGGCAAAUAGUUCUCAACAC